AUGGUCGAUCCCGAGGCGGUAGGGGUUUGUAGUGAGUUAAUGAGGAAACAGUUGAUGGGGAGUGACGUGAAGGGGAAUCAAUGCAGGCUUAUGUUAGUGAAGAAUGAAGCGAAGAAGAUGAUGCUUCGUGUUUUCGAGAAAACAGAGAGAGGAAUUGGGACUGAUGGGCUUAAGGUUUCGGUUUACGGGCAAGACGGAGAGGUUUAUGAGAUGAUGUUGAAGAUGUGGAAUAAGAACACGGUCCCUGUCUUGACGAGUUCGGUAUGGAACAAGUUUGUUGGUGAUUAUGGUCUCAUGAAGCAUAGCGAUUUUCUAACUAUUUGGAUGUUUAGGCACAUAGAGAGUCGUAAGAUUUGCUUCGCGAUUGACUCCAAGAGGUUUACUUCUAUAACGAAAAAGCUGAGUUCGAGGAUCUCGAAGCUUGUCUUCGAUUAG